CAUCCACUGCAACCGCCUCCUCGGGGAGCUCCCUUCCCUGCCGAUCACACACACUCCCUCCUCCCGCUCCCUCUCUCCCCGGACUCCGUCUUUUAUUUCUAUCCUCCUCCCCCCUCCUCCUCUCUUUUCCUUCUGUUUUAGAGAAGUCAUGUCUGCGGAAAAUCAUCAACUGCCUCUGGGAUUAACCGAGUUGUGAAAGUGAUUAAAAAUAAAUCAGCGCGACGAGAGAAAGGGAACGAGAGAGAGAAAGAAAGGGGGAGCGAGCAAGAGCUUUCAUUUUAAGCGGCAGAGCCCAGGAGCCCGAGUGACGAGGGGGAGAGACGGCGCAGAGUGAGCGCCCUCCCCCCGCUCCCAGCGCUCACUCCCAGCAGCCGCGCUCCGCACAGCACCGUCCCUGCUUGCCUGCCUGCCCGCUCUCCCUCCUCAUAUUUGGUGUUUGUCUUAUUAACCAUCUGAUCGCGUGGAGAAGGAGCGGAGGCGUUCAGAGGUGAACUGAAUUCGCUUGGGUGCUUUCCCCCCCCUUUCUGCUGCUUUGGAUGUACAAAGAUGGAGACGGGCAUGGAUAAGGAAUGCGGAGCCCUCGGUGGGCUCUUCCAGGCUGUCAUCAAUGAUAUGAAGGGAUCAUACCCAAUUUGGGAGGACUUCAAUGCCAAGGCCGCUAAACUCCACUCUCAGCUCAGGACCACUGUGCUGGCAGCAGCUGCCUUCUUGGAUGCAUUUCAAAAAGUGGCAGACAUGGCAACAAACACACGAGGUGCCACACGGGACAUCGGCUCGGCGUUGACCCGGAUGUGUAUGAGACAUCGAAGCAUCGAAGCCAAGCUCCGCCAUUUCACCAAUGCUCUGAUGGAGAGCCUGAUAAAUCCGUUACAAGAGAGGAUUGAGGACUGGAAGAAAUCUGCCAACCAGCUGGACAAGGACCAUGCCAAAGAGUAUAAGAGAGCUCGACAUGAGAUUAAGAAGAAAUCAUCUGACACUCUCAAACUUCAGAAGAAAGCACGGAAAGAACUUCUCGGUAAGGGAGACCUGAGGCCCCAGGUGGAGAAUGCCGUGCAGGAUGUGAAUGACAUGUACCUGCUGCUGGAGGAGACGGAGAAGCAGGCCGUGCGCAAGGCUCUGAUCGAGGAGAGAGGCCGCUUUUGCACGUUCAUCACCUUUUUACAACCUGUGGUGGAUGGGGAGAUUGCGAUGCUGGGGGAGAUCACACACCUCCAGGCCAUUGUUGAUGACCUCGUCGUUCAGACGGCAGAGCCACACAAGCUGCCUCCGGCCAGUGAACAGGUGAUUAAGGACCUGAAGGGCUCUGACUAUAGUUGGUCUUACCAGACUCCACCGUCUUCCCCCAGCAGCUCUGGCUCCCGAAAGUCCAGCAUGUGUAGCAGUGUAAAUAGCACAAACAGUAGCACUUCCCGCUCCAGUGGUUCCCAGACACAUUCGCCAAGCUCAAACUAUCGCUACCGUAGUUUGGCCCAGCCUGCCAGUUCCAGCAACCGGCUGUCCAGCGUCUCGUCACACGAUUCCGGCUUCAUAUCCCAGGACGCCAUGUACUCCAAGCCUCCCUCACCCAUGCCGUCGGAUAUAACCAGUCAGAAGUCAUCGAGCUCGGCUUCCUCUGAGGCAUCGGAGACGUGUCAGUCUGUCAGCGAGUGUAGCUCACCCACUUCGGUUAGUUCUAGCUCCACAGCCGGAGCGUGGUCAGGUGGUGAAAAGGUGAAUCAUCCAUACCCAUCGCUAAUUCUCUCCCAUCCGGGCCUGCGGAACCAACAAGUAAAUGCCGUACAGCACAUUAGGGUUAAUCCACAAUCCAUGUGCUUGGGGCCAAUUUCCACCCCUCUUUGUGAUACUUUCAUGCCUGGUUAUGUGUAUUACCAUCUGCCUAGUGAGUGCACUUCACCCGUGUUGUUUGGCUCUACCCCCACUAUCCCUGACACAGGGGCCUACACUAGGCCUUCCCCUGCUGUUUUCCCUGAUAACCCACCCUCUAACCACUCACUUGGAGGUGGCACUGCACGCUCAUCAACGAUUCCUAGCUGGAAGGACUGGUCGAAGCCUGGUCCCUAUGACCAGCCGGUAGUGAACACUUUACAGAGACGCAAGGAGGCAGCUGAACGCUACCGCGAAGUAGAGGCCGUCUCGGCAACAAUGGUCUAUCCGGGGAUCAGCGUCGAGGAUGGGCAGAGGUCUCGUGUAACAGCAGCAUCGUUGGCUGCUAAGCAUGGGGAGGAGAUAUCCACAGCAGCCAGUGACCUGGCUAUGGUGCUGACCCGGGGCCUGAGCUUAGAACACCAGAAGAGCAGCCGUGACUCUCUGCAGUACUCCAGUGGUUACAGUACCCAAACCACCACACCCUCCUGCUCCGAAGACACUAUUCCUUCCCAAGGUACUUCCGUCAGGAGAUCUCUCUGUGCUCCCUUUCCAGUUUCAGAUUACGAUUGCUACUCUGUCAAUGGCGAUGCGGAGGGUGAUCACCAAAGUGAGUUUGACAGAUCGUCGACCAUCCCACGGAACAGUGAUAUCACACAGAGCUACCGGAGAAUGUUCCAGACCAAGCGCCCCGCCUCGACAGCUGGACUGCCCACGGGGUCUGCGCAGAGCGCCUCGGUCACCCCGGGAGUGGCCACCAUCAGGCGCACUCCAUCCACCAAGCCCUCAGUGCGUCGAGCCCUGUCCAGCGCGGGCCCCAUCCCUAUCCGCCCCCCCAUCGUGCCAGUGAAGACGCCCACCGUGCCAGACGGCCAGGUCCCAGUACGGGUGGGCAGUGAGGAGAGCGUCUUCUUCAGCGAUGAUACCUCACCAAAUGCCUUGGAUCUUGCCAAGGCCUCGCCCAAGAGGCUGAGCCUGCCCAACACGGCCUGGGGGGGCGGGGGGACGGUGGAGAUCUCCGUCUACCCGGGCGGCCACCUGUCGAGCGAGGAGCAGCAACAACUGGCUGCCAACCGCCACAGCCUGGUGGAGAAGAUCGGCGAGCUGGUCGCCAGCGCCCAGGCCCUUGGUGAAGGACAGUUCCCAUUUCCUUCGGUGCUCCCCGCUUCCGACGAAGACCUGGGCCUCCCCCCACCCCCACUGUCUCCCAGCGAGUCUCCCGAAGACAUGCUCACUGCCAUCCGCCGAGGAGUUAAGCUCAGGAGGACCGUCACCAACGACAGGUCUGCACCAAGGAUCUUGUGACAACAAAACCAGCGCUCAGAACUGACUCGUACUGGCAGGAAGGAAGGCCAAAGCAGGCCAAGUGCAUCAUUAGAUGGACUCUGUGAGAUACGACCAGAAGAUUGGACUAAAAGACACUUGACUUCACAAGGCUGGUUUCCAAUACAGUGCCAUGAACUUCCUUAAACCAAGCAAGAACAUCCCACUGGUGUGGUGGAACAGAAUAUUUUAAUUUAAGACGUGGCAGGUUUUAAAUGUUCGUUAAAAGAGGAAUUUAACAUUUUGUUCUUUACAGAUAUUCUAUUGGCCAUUUAACUGACUCACUGUGUGACUUUCUUUUUCAGCUUUUGCGGUAUUUGGUGCAAAUCAAAAAUGUUCUAUACGUGCUCUGUGUGUGUAGCUUCAAACACUGUGGUGAUUCGCAAUCAUCCUCUAUGUACGUCAGUCCUCAAUGUGUGCCCCAGACCCACCGCCUUGCUCUGCCACAGUAACAAAAAUGAGAGCAGGGAGGGAGCCAAGGUUACAAGGGGAGAAGCGUUCUGCUGGUUCAGAGGAAGGGGUGCAGGGUGGAAGUAUUUUUGGUGCAUCGCAUCCUUCUCGCAUUUCUUCACAUUGUAGGGGCUGCUUCAAGAUAAUUUGUGAAUGACUAUUGAAUUGCUCCCUAUCCUAACCAACUUUAAGCUUGCAGUUCUCUGUCUUGUGGGGAACACUUACCAAGUCCCUGCAUUCUUGUCUAAACUUAUGCAAUUGGAUUUGUCCCCAUCCAACUUUCCAAUCCAAGAGCCAAGCUUUAUGGCAAAUAAAAGCCAACCUUUGCACCUGUGACAAAUGGUGCAAAUGGAUGUUGGUCUUUUCUUUGAUGGAUUUGGAUGCUUGGUGGCUAACGUGACAUUUUUUUAUGUAAGAGUACUAACUUAGUAGUUUUCAUUUGAAAAGGCACCUGUGCUGGUCAGAUCGGUUCAAUGCACCUCAAAUUGUAAGUCAGUGUUGGCCCUGCCUCGUAUCUUUAUUUGUAACAGACUUUCAUUUCAUUUUGGGUAAGCAUUCGGCAUGAUAGCUGCGGGCUACACCUAUCAUUGGCCACCUUUAGUAUAGAACUGAUCAAUGAAACUGGGCCGUCUCCCGUGAAUCGAUCCCAGAACAAAGAUAGGGAUUUGUUGCACAACUAUACUUACACACUGGGGAGUGUUGAUGGAGAACAGGAGUCAGUGAAAAUGUAAUGAAGUUGUUUGGUGCUGUAUUAACCCAGACACCUGACAACAUUUCUCAGAAGAAUUGUUCUGUUCCUGUGUAAUCUCCCUUUUAUCACCAUGUGCUGUUAUUUUUUUCUUUUAGGAAUUGUGCAUAUUCUCCUCUUGAAAACCUGCCUUGUCGAUUGUUGACACAGGUUUAUUAGUGCAUAGGAGAACAAGUCAGUUCAACCAGUAGGAUUUAUCACUGUGCAAGCCACUUCCUGCAUGAAAGAUUCAGUUCCUCACCUGAAAUUGUAACCCCAUCCCCGCAGCUUGCUCCAGGCACAUUACCAUCAACUUCGACCAAAAAUUACUUAUAUUUCUACAUUCCCCUUAACGUAGCAAGAAAUGCCACAGGGUGAUUUCUUAGUCAUAGUCGUACAGCACAGAAAGGGUCCCAUCAGCCCACCACAUCCAUGUUGACCUUGAUACCCAUCUACACUAACCCCAUUUGCCAGCUUUAGGUCCAUAUCCUCCUAUGCUUUGGUUAUUUAAGAGUCUGUCUACUUGCCUCUUAAACAUAGGAAUUGUAUUUAAUUCCACCACCUCCUCUGCCAGCCAGUUCUAGAUAUCAACCACUCUCUGUGUAAAAUAUUUAAGAAGGAACUGCAGAUGCUGGAAAAUCGAAGGUAGACAAAAAUGCUGGAGAAACUCAGCGGGUGAGGCAGCAUUCUUCAGAAGAAGGGUUUCGACCCGAAACGUUGCCUAUUUCCUUCGCUCCAUAGAUGCUGCCUCACCCGCUGAGUUUCUCCAGCAUUUUUGUCUACCUCUGUGUAAUAUACUUUGCCCUCAGUUCCUUUCAACUUAAAUCCAUGCCUUUCUGGUUUUGAUACCCCAUUCACAGACAAAAGAUUUUGACUAUCUACCCUGGCCAUGCCUGUCGUAAUCAUACAUACUGCUGUAAGGUACCCCUCAGCCUCAUUCACUCCAGGGAACACAAGCCCAGCCUAUCCUGUUUCUCCCCAUAACUAACGUCCUCUGAUCCAAGCGACAUCCUCUGCACAGUGCAACCACAUCUUUUUUAUUGUAUGGUGACCAAAACUGCACACAGUACUCUAUAAGUGCAGCUCAACUAGUGUUUUGUGCAGUUGUUACAUAAUGUGUCAACUCUUAUAUUCUAUGCCCCGACCUGUGAAGGCAAGCAUGCAAUUGGCCUUCUUCACCACUCUAUCCAGGGUGAUUCCCAGGAGCUUUAGAAAGCAAAAAAUACUUAUGCCAAGCCACAUUUGGAGAUUUCAGGGUGGAAGAUGAAAUCUUUAGUCAAAGAGGCAGUUUUUAAGGAGCAUCUUAAAGGAGGAGAUGUGGGAAGGAAUUCCAGAGUUUAUUGCCUUGGAGCCAGUGAUGGAAUGGUUACAUAUGGACGUGCUGGAGGUUAAAAUUGGCGGUGGCGAUGGGGAUUACAGAGGGAUCUCGGAAGGAAUUGGAAACACGGAUGGGAAUUGUAACAUUAGGGCAUUACUUAACCAGUAUUUAGAGAAGGUCAGUGACCAAUCCGUGAACGGAACUCAAUGCAAGUUAGGGCACAAGCAGUUUUGGAUUGGCUCACAUUGCCAGAAGGGUGAUCAGUGGGAAAUUGGGAAGGUAACAGAUGCUUUAGUUGUCCUCAAUGUGUGAGAUGAUCUACCUGAGUGACUCCUCCCACAAGAGGUGAUGCCAGCCAGCUGCAGGUGGGCUGAGGCAGGGCAGAGGCAGACAAUGUCAUGGAUGUGGAAAUAAUUUUUCAUAGUGAUGGAAUAGGUACAAGGUCUCUUUCUCUCUUUCUUUCCCUCGCCCUCUCUGUCCCUCACUGACUUCUGGAAGGACAGUGUAAUUCCAUAGCUCCAUGUACCCACUGUGACCAGAACCCUGUGAUCCCAUUUCCAAUAUUCUCAUUAUCAAAUACAAUAGAAGAGUCUCUCUUGGGUUAAUGUGCUAAUGGAGUGAGAAGAGGACUAUGGGUUCAGCUACAACUGAUGCCCUUGUUCAGAGGGCUUAUGGGCAGUAACCAGCACAUUCUUAGACUUUAUUGGAAUAAAGUGAGGCUGCAGAUGUAAGAUGUGCUUUUUUGUUUUGGGCACCAAACACUUCUCAGUGUUUGAAAAUCAAAAAAUUGCAGCUGCUGGAAAUCUGAGAUAAAAGCAGAAGAUGCUGGGAACAUUCAGAAGAUCAAUAACCUGCAACUUUCACACACACAAAUACUGCCUGACCUGCAGUGUUUUGAGCAUUUUAUAUUUUUCAACUUAGUGUUUACUCGUCACAGCAGACUUCUGAGGACUCCCCAAUUUUAUGUUUGUCUAGAUAUGUUCUGGAGAGCUUAUCAUGUGUGGAUAUAUCUUGCAUUCUCUUUACUCUUGGAUUAGUUGGAAUUCCCAGCUGUGGGAAAGAACUGCUGACAUUAGUUAAUAAUACACACUUGAUCCAAGUAGAACACGGGUAAAGGUUGUGCUCUUUGUCCACCCCUGUGGCUUCUGGACUGUGAGGUGAAUUAAAUCCCCCUCCACAUCACCCUUGCAUCUAUCAGAAGGUGUGACAAGACCAGCAUUUAUUCCCCUUCCCUCAUUGUUGGGAAGGUGACUUGGAGCCAGUGAUGGUGAUGCUAUUGAUUUGGAAUUUAAUUCUCUUUGUAUGGCUUUCAGUAUAAUUAAGUGUUUCACUUGGAUACUUCAGAAGACAGAUGGCUGUAUUGCUUGAGGUGUUAUGGUUACAAAUAAAAAGGAAGAGGAUAGUCAGAAAGUUCUCCUUCACUGAACCAUAUUAGUUAGUUAAUUGGAAUGUUGGUCUAAUCUACAAAUAAUGCUGUCUUUUUAAAAAAGGAUUCAAAACCAAGAGAAGCUAACUUGGGAUUUGGACAGGCUUUCUUUGGAUUAUUAGUCCACUUCUUUACAUGGCUAGUCUAGCUCCAGGAUGUUCAGGAGCGCCAAAUAACCUAGUGGAUCGGUAAGAGUUUAGUUAUACCACAUUACUCUAUCGGUCAUGAAGCGAUGUUCAAUGUCAGUCCUUCACCUUGAAAUGACCUAAGAGACAAGUGCAGUUUGGUGAGGGAUCUUCCGAGCAAUGACUAUUCCAUCUUUUAACCUUUUAAGCACUGUCUCUAAUUUUCAGCUUGUUUUAGAAUUCCAUCUUUCCUGAUUUUCAUUUGGAUCUUUCGUUUUAGCCAUAAUUACUUCAGUAAUUCGAACAAAGGGUAGAAAAUGAUGAUUUGCAAUAAAAUGCAUUGUGACAUGUGUUGUAUAACAAAAACACAAUGCAUACCCAAGUCUUACAAAGACAAAUGAGAAGGAUGACCCAGUAAUCUGUAUCAGUGAUACAGGGCAAGAUAUAAGGAGUGGCUACUGUACUGCAAGAGAUUGCCAAUACUGUUUUGAAUUAUAGCAUGUGUCAGAUUGGAACAUUGGUCUAAGACAGCAACUUGUAGCACUUUAUAUUUCUUUGAAACACCAGUCUGGAUCUUGUGCUUGGAAAGGAAUUGAACUUAACUCUUUAUGACUCAAAAGCAUAAGAACAGCUCUUAAAGUCAAGAUUCACCCCAUUGAACAGUUAGAUUGCAGGGGAUGAGGCAUGUACUUGAUGCCAUUGUUGAACAGUGGGCAAACACCCUCAAAACAUGUUGUGAUGUGCAACACAUAAUAAGGCUUAUAUUCUAUAUCAUCCUUAAAUGAUUGCUUAAUGGAAAAUGGUUUGUAUUUAUUAGCUAGAUAUUUGUGAAAUAAUGUGUAUGAGAAAUUGUAUGAUUCAUUAGUCAUUGUAUAAUCCUUUAUCACUUGCAGGGAAAAAAAAGGUUUUUAAUAUUAUAUAGACGUUUCCAGAAAAUGAAUACAAAUUGUGAUUUUUAAUAGCUUUUUAGAUAUUUUUUUUCAAAUCUACAAAUUGAAUAUAUUGACAUCUGUCUGAAAGACAUUUGUUGGUAUUUUUUGUGCAAAGUUUCAAGGUUUGGUAGAAACAGCACUGAAAAUGGAGUGAGUGUGCAAGAUGCCAGCUCCAAUUCUGGUGUCUACAAUAAAAUGGAGAUACAAGAAACUGCAGAUGCUGCAAUCUAUAAUAAAGGAAAAACAAAUGCUUGAGGAACUCGGCGGGUGAGGCAGUACCUGUGGAGGCAGAGGGAUAGUCAGCAUUUUGAGCGAGACCCUGCCAUACUGAUGCAGGUUGUCGACACAAAAUAUCAACUGUCCCUUUGCUUUCACAGAUACUGCUCAACUGGUUGGGUUGCUUCAGUUGUUUUGUUAUUGCUUGUGUCAGCAAUGUUGGGCAGUGUCAACCAGUAUUGAGCACUGUAACUGUUUCUAAGCUUAGAAGUGUCCCAAUUAUUUUGAGUGGCAUCUAGACCUGCACCCAGGGACCAAAAAGCUGGGUCUGGAGAUCUCUUGCUGACCUUCCCCCCCCCCCCCCCAAGGGUGAGUUGUCAAAGGCCUGUUCCCUCAGUAAAAGCCCAGCCUAAGACUUUAUAAUUGCAAUAGACCCUGCUUAGAUGUAACUGCCAACUCCAGUCUUACAUUUGUAUCCAUUUAAGUGACCAGCACAAUCUUCACCAAUGAUCAUUUAUUUUUAAUUUAGCAGGGUAAGAAAAUAAUUAAAUGGAAGAGUAAUGAACUUGAAUGGAGGCAUAUAUUGAUGCCGUGACUGAGUUGGCUAACCUUUUGUGAAACGAGGAUUGUUAAGAUGGUUCAGAGUUGUAUAAUGCUAGACCCUGAAUUAAAACUUGCCUCAUGGCUUCAGAUCUAAUAAGCUCACUUUAAGCAACAUUUUAUAUUGUUACAGUUGUGCAAUAAUUUAAUAAAUACAUCAGGAUGCAAAUUAAUUGUGAGUUUUAGUUUGAAACGAGCAGCUGCUGAAAGAAAUGUUAUAGAGUUGCAGUUGUGGUAUAGGGUGUGAAGGAUUUUUCUCGAAUGGAAUUUCUCCUCAGUCUUCCUACAAUAUUUGAGCUCCCCAAGGCAGGCCACAGGGGAGAGAGGGUUUGGAAUGGUGAGGUACAUCAGCUGGGACAGGAAAGGGAAGUUGAGAUGGAAGAGAUGUAGGGAGAGGACACUGGGAAAGGCAGAGUUGGGAUGGAGAGCUAUAGGGGCACGGGGAGGGAAGGGUUGGGAUGGAGAGGAAUACGGGCACUGGAGAGGGAGAGUUUGGGAUGGAGACGUGUAUGGGUACUUGGAGGGAAGACUUUAGGAUGGAGAGGUACAGAGGCACAGGAGAGGGAGAGUUUGGGAUGGAUGCCAAGGAAUUGACUGGGUUAUGACACCGUCCAAGGUUCAUUAUGCUGAUGGUAUCCGUAGUUUGGGAGAAUUUGCAGAAUGCCCCAUUGUUGCAGAUACUGAGGGAAGUGAGGAGGAGGCAGUGAGAUUCAUCGCCCUCUGUUGUAGAGCAGAUAGAUAUAUUUUUAUGAAGUUUUCCAAAUGAGUCAUGUAUAAUUGUAAACAUCUGUAUAACUUUUUUUCUGCGUCAUGUGAACAUCUAAAUGUGACAGAAGCCAACUCGUUAGGAGAAGAGUGUGGGGAUUGGAGGGGGAGUUGGCAGAGUGAGUGAGGAUUGUAGGAUGGUACCUGUACUUGGAUUGAAGGAACAGACCUGGCUGGGAAAGGAAACAGCUGCCUACUAUAGGAGAUGAGAAGGACAGGAGGUAUGCCAAAAUUCAAUCAAAAAUGUUUAAGACCACUAAACAAAGUGACAAUGAUAAUUUAAUGCCUACAACUUGAGUUUAGUGGGGCCCCUAUAAAGAAGGCAAGCAUUAUUUUUUUGUUGCUGAAUAAGCCAGUUUUGUGUCACAAUGUGUUAUACUGGGAUUGUUGGCUGUGUUGUGAAUUAACAGUUAUAUUUUGGCUUGCGACUUUAUUGGUGACCAAGUAAGCCGGCGUUUUUAUUUGACGGAUAGAUUUCUGCGUCUGCAAAUAUUGUGCUGAGGCCAAGCAAAACUAAACAGUUCCCUUCCGUGCCAGCAGUAGGCAACGGAGAGCAGCUCUCCUUCGAGGGCAAGUAAGGCUUUAAACGUACUCGUUCAACCUUCCUUCAGUGAGGAUGCAAAAACAAGGAAACCCGUGACAUGAGUGAAUCAGCCGUGGGUUAGAGUUAGGAGUUAUGGCUCAAUCUGCAGGCAGAGCCCCCUCUUGUGUUUGUUCUUUUCACCUGAAAUGACUGGCCUCACUACUACCUGCCAAGUCGCCAUUCCCAUCUACCUCCAUGUCCCAGACUGGAGUUGUACAAGGGAGUUCAGAUUCAAUUCAGACUACAUGAUAGGGAAAGUUUGAAGGGAUAUGGGUCAAACGCGUGCGUUAUGGUCAGCCAAAGUUCCAGUCUGCUGAGAUUCUCAGAUUCAUGCGAACAGGGAUUGUCAGAAACCAGCUGUCAUUAGCUGCGAAAUAGCCGUGGUCUGGUGCCCACUGUUACUCAGAACCAGAACGAACGUGAAGUACCGGACAAGGUCUCUAGACCCCGUAGAAACAACGCCAACAACUGCCGUGCUUUCAUGUGAAGGGAUCAUUUAACAAUAAACGCAUCCAGGUGGGUAGACCUAUUGAUUGGAGUAUGACAGGCAAUUGGAAGGUACCUCGGGGCUACUGAAUUUGAGCGUUUAAAGAUCUGUUAACAUGAGCUAAAAACGAAGAAAGAGUUACCCAAAAGGCUGCCUGAAAUCCCAUCUGCGGCGCUCCCUUCCCCAAACAUCACUGAUCCCAGUUGUGCAUUCCUGCUUUCUGAUGCUCCUUAUCGCCUACUUCUCUGCCACGUCGGUCGCAGUGUCUCUUGUGUGUGGCUUGGCGCUGGUAUUUAUUUAUCUGAGGGUGUAAAGUCUUUGUUAAGCGACUUGGUGCUAUAGAAAUACAAACUUGCAAAAUAAAUUAUCUUUCUGAUGGUAACCUAUAGAUUGGACAAACUGACCGGGAGUGGCAAAUCACCAAGAUGCUUCUCAAAUUAGUGUAUGUCUCAGAUUGUCUCGGCUUUAUCCUGAUUAAGUCGGCCUUGUAUUUAUUUUUUUCAUCCACAGGGCGCAGACGUUCUCUGCAAUGGCACAUUAAACAGCCUUUUUGUUGUAAGAUUACGACUUGCCAGAGGUAUUUCUCGGGUGGAGGGAUGGAGAGGGGCUGUGGGAUUGGAAGACGAGGCUGUGGUGUGGAGAACUUCAAGAGGCACGUUAAAUAGGAAUCAGCUCCAGCAUGUGGGGUGGGGGGCAACAGGGAAAACCAGCGUGGGGCACCGGCAAUAGGGCUCGUCCCGGCUGAGGAAUGGUCGGCAAGUGGGCACAUUGCCAGAGCUUCGCCAACCUCCUGGCCCACUGUCCCUCCUGGCAGCAGGGGCACCGGCCACUGCUUCUCCACGCUCUUCUGCCCCACGGCCAUUCUCGGGACAUUUUCAGGGAGCAGCACUCGUCACCAUUUUUUUUUGUACAGACAAAGAGUAAAAAGAAACACUGAAGUGAUAUUCCCGGCGCUGUUGGUAACCGUCUUUUCCACCCUCUUUUGUAAUAUUAUAAUCAUGUGAAUUUGUUUACUCUCACCGGCUGAAGCCUCAAUCGCACUGUGAUGUUUCCAGUAUUAAUAAAGCUGUACUGUAGAAA